CUCAUAGCACCAUGGAAAGCAAAAAGCUCAAUGAUGGCUACUACCCAUUUGCUAAUAUUGCUACUUGGAGUGGUGGCUCUCGCCACUCCCUCUUUUGGUACCUACGAGUCUCCCAACUAUGGGAAGCCCCCUGCUCCUGUUCAUAAUCCUCCUAAGCUGAAACCGCCACCAUAUGAACAUAAACCUCCGGUUUAUGAACCACCAAAGAAGGAGAAGCCUGAACCUAAGCCACCAGUUUAUACACCUCCAAAGAAAGAGAAGCCUGAACCGAAACCACCAGUAUAUGAACCUCCAAAGAAGGAAAAGCCUGAGCCUAAACCACCGGUUUAUACACCACCAAAGAAAGAAAAGCAUGAACACAAGCCACCGGUGUAUGAACCACCAAAGAAGGAAAAACCUGAGCCUAAACCACCAGUUUAUGCACCUCCAAAGAAAGAAAAACCAGAACUCAAACCACCAGUUUAUAAGCCUCCAAAGAAGCCACCAGUGUAUGAGCCUAAGCCACCAAAGCCACCGGUUUAUGCACCACCAAAGAAAGAGAAGCCAGAACCUAAACCACCAGUAUAUGAGUCUCCCAAGAAGCCACCAUAUGGUCACUAUCCAGGACACCCUCCAUUGGAGAAGCCUCAAUAGAGAGAUUUCCUCGGCUAACCAUUCCCGACAACUGAGCUACUAUGGCUACAUAGAUAAAUUAUUAUCACUGCAAUAAGAGCUGCUGCCGGCUCAUGUUCUGUUUUCUUGUAUGUCAUGUAGUAUUGUUUUCUUUUACUAGCAAGAAUGCACAUGGCAGUAUCAUUGGAAUGAAUGCCUAUUCUGUAUCUUCUUGUUUCUCAAUGAGAAUAUCAUGGUUUCAACAUA